UAUCUAUAAUCCUAUUAAAACUGAAGCUGUCUCGCCCCCAAAAGAAAAGGAUCAAUUCCUUUUUUCUUUUUUUCUUUUUUUUUCUCUGCAACUGCAUUGUAUUGAACAUAGUAUACAUUAUGUUUGAUAUAUGGAAAGCUGGACAGUUUGGUCUAACUAAAACAUGUUGGCAAAAGCCUGGCACAAGCAUUCGCCAAGUUUCUUCCUUUCAUACCAAGAAGAUAGCAUUGCAAGGUUGCAAGAGCCUUGUCCCACCCAAUUUCUCGAUCCCAAGUAGCUUUAGAUGCUUCUAGUGGGAUAUAUGGACUAAAGUUGCAGACUUUCUUCAUGGCCUACUUAACACCAUGCAACUUUGUGGCGAAAAAUGCCGACGUGUAGUUUAGUCUCCACAUAUUCUCGCAAACUUUCAUCUCUAGUGGACUCCCUUUCCCUGCUGAAUUCUGAAAUCAAAUCCUUGGUUCAACAAAGACAAUACAUAGAGGCCUUGAAAUUGUACACCAAAAGUCCUGUUUAUACUACAAGAUUCACCUACCCUUCACUCCUCAAAGCCUGUGCUUCUCUUUCAAAUCUUCAGUAUGGAAAAACUAUCCAUUCAAGCAUUAUCACUACAGGUUUACACUCCGAUCAGUAUAUCACUUCUUCACUUAUCAACAUAUAUGUUAAAUGCGGAACUUUCACGGAUGCAGUUAAAGUGUUUGAUCAAUUGCCUAAAAGCGGAGUAUCAGUCGAUGAUGUCACAAUAUGGAACUCUAUAAUUGAUGGGUAUUUUCGUUUUGGUCAACUUGAAGAGGGUAUGGUCCAGUUUGGCCGAAUGCAAUCAUCAGGUAUUAGGCCUGAUGCCUACUCAUUGUGUAUUCUACUUGGUUAUCGUGAUGGACAUGUAGGAUAUAAGGAAGGGAAACAAAUUCAUAGUUAUAUUGUUAGAAACAUGUUGAAUUUUGACCCUUUCUUGGAGACUGCACUAAUUGAUACAUACUUUAAAUGCGGAAGACCAACAGAGGCACGGUAUUUGUUCAAAAAGUUGAAAGAUAGGAGCAAUAUUGUAGCAUGGAAUGUGAUGAUUGGGGGGUUUGGAGAAAAUGGAUUGUGGGAGAACAGCUUGGAGUAUUAUUUGUUAGCCAAGACUGAGAAUGUAAAAGUUGUGUCAUCGUCAUUUACUUGUACUUUAAGUGCUUGCGGUCAAGGUGAGUUUGUGAGUUUUGGCAAGCAGGUUCAUUGUGAUGCGAUCAAGGUUGGUUUUGAGGAUGAUCCAUACGUUCAUACGUCUCUUCUGACCAUGUAUGGAAAAUGCCAGAUGAUUGAAUCUGCAGAAAAAGUUUUUAAUGAAGUACCAGAUAAAGAGAUUGAAUUAUGGAAUGCACUAAUCUCAGCUUAUGUUGGUAAUGGAUAUGCUUAUGAUGCGUUAAGAAUCUACAAACAAAUGAAAUUAUGUACAGUUCUUUCAGAUUCUUUUACAAUUUUAAAUGUUUUAACAUCUAGCAGCAUGGCUGGUUUAUAUGAUCUUGGUAGGUUGAUACAUACGGAGAUAGUGAAGAGACCCCUACAAAGUAGCAUUACAAUACAAAGUGCAUUGUUGACUAUGUACUCUAAAUUUGGAGAUUCUAAUUAUGCUAAUUCAAUUUUUAGUACAAUGAAGGAAAGAGACGUGGUUGCAUGGGGCUCUGUGAUAUCGGGUUUUUGCCAAAAUAGGAAAUACAAAGAAGCUCUGGACUUUUUCAGAGCAAUGGAAGCUGAUCUGGUGAAACCUGAUUCUGAUAUUAUGGCAAGCAUUAUCAGUGCUUGUACAGGAUUAGAGAAGGUAGAUUUAGGUUGCACAAUACAUGGAUUUGUUAUUAAAAGUGGACUGCAAUUGGAUGUAUUUGUUGCUAGUUCACUGUUAGAUAUGUACUCCAAAUUUGGUUUUCCAGAGAGGGCUGGAAAUAUAUUUUCUGAUAUGCCCCUUAAGAACCUUGUGGCAUGGAAUUCAAUUAUAUCUUGUUACUGCCGGAAUAACCUCCCAGAUCUGUCCAUUAAUCUUUUUUCUCAAGUUCUGCGAAAUGACUUGUAUCCAGAUUCUGUCUCCUUUACAAGUGUCCUUGCUGCUAUCUCAUCAGUUGCAGCACUGCUAAAAGGAAAAAGUGUACAUGGAUACUUGGUAAGACUUUGGAUUCCAUUUGAUCUUCAAGUAGAGAAUACAUUGAUUGACAUGUAUAUCAAAUGUGGAUUAUUGAAAUAUGCACAGCAUAUUUUUGAAAGAAUUUCUGAGAAAAACUUGGUGGCAUGGAAUUCAAUGAUUGGGGGUUAUGGUUCUCAUGGGGAAUGCUCUAAAGCAAUUGAGUUAUUUGAUGAGAUGAGAAGUUCUGGAAUUAAACCUGAUGAUGUUACUUUCCUUUCACUGCUGUCAUCUUGCAACCAUUCUGGUUUGAUUGAGGAAGGCCUGCACCUAUUUGAAAUGAUGAAGAUGAAGUUUGGAAUUGAGCCUAGAAUGGAGCAUUAUGUAAACAUAGUUGAUCUUUACGGUCGUGCAGGAUGCCUAGGCGAUGCUUACUCUUUUGUGAAAAAUAUGCCUGUUGAGCCUGACAGGAGUAUCUGGCUAUCUUUGCUAUGUUCCUGUAAAAUCCAUCUUAAUUUAGAACUUGGAGAAAUGGUAGCAAAUAAACUAUUAAAUAUGGAACCAAGCAAAGGCAGCAAUUAUGUCCAAUUGUUGAAUCUUUAUGGAGAAGCUGAAUUGUGGGAUAGGACAGCAAACUUACGGGCAUCAAUGAAAGAAAAAGGAUUGAAGAAGACUCCUGGAUGCAGUUGGAUUGAAGUGAGAAAUAAGGUUGAUGUUUUCUAUUCCGGGGAUUGUUCAUCUCCAAUAACAACAGAGAUCUAUGAUACUUUGAGCAGUCUUAAAAGAAACAUGAUUAAGAAAGGAGCUAAACAUGGGAUUAUCGAGUAGGAUAGUUGGAGCUGAGGUUUUGCUGCAGAACUUGAAAAUAAUGUUAAAGAGGAGAAGAAUGCAGCUCAGAAAAGGUAUCUACUGUAUUUUGUGUUGCAGAAAUCAAGGGAAUGGUAGACAGUGAUAGCACAGUCUGAGGGACCUAGAUGGUUGCCUUCUUCGAAAAAUGGUACCAACGACGUCAUUCUGUGGGUUCAUGUCUUGUACUAUAGGACUUGUCUGGUAUUUGAAGCACCGAGUAUAUGUUAUUUCAAUGGCACUCACAUUACUGUGGUGAUAUGUGAAGUGGGUCUUUCCAUUCGAUGGGAAUCACCAAUUGGGCAGUGACCUUCAGGCUGUUAAGAUCCCGCUUGUUCUUUUUGCCAUUAGAAGUGGUGUUCCAUGCACUUCAUCAGAAGUUUACCACUUUUCCUUGCAAUAACAGUGCUGCUCUCAAUUGCUUGGAUUGGAUAUAUGGUCUAUUUUUCCCUUUCAUUCUUUUGGUCCCCAAAACUCCUUUCUGCCCUUUUGGCAUCAUGUAAAGCUUUCCACUAUCAUACACUCAUGAUAAGCUCAAAAAAUGUAGUUUCAGUAUCUAAAAGCAAGCACCGAUUAAGAGCUCAUUUUCUGCAGUGUAAUGAAAAACAAUGUGUGAGGUUUAUGCUUU